UGAUCUGGUGAAACUUUGGAGCUCUUUGACUUUACAGGGAUUUUACAAGAACCACCGCUGUGCUUUCAGAGUCCUACAGGUCUCCUCAAGUCCACCAGACAGUUGAGAGCUGGAACUGACUCACGAUGUGGCUCUCGUCCAAGACUGGUCUCAGGUGUGGUCUCACGACUGCUCUCAGGUCUGGUCUUAGUCUGGAUUUGCCCUGCUCUGGAUUUUAUCUUCGGUCUCUUCACGUUGGUCAAGUUUUCAGUCUGACCAGGACUUUCUCUGAACAGGACCUGGUUCAGUUCUCUGUUCUGACCGGGGACUCGAACCCUCUCCAUCUGGACCAGGACUUUGUGAAAACUACGGUUUACUCCAGACCUUUAGUCCAUGGAGUCCUGGUAAAUGGUCUGAUCUCUGCUCUCCUGGGCUCAAAUGCUCCCGGCUGUAUUCUCCUGAAGCAGGAGAUCCGCUUCCCCGCUCCACUCUUCACCAAUGAACCGGUCCUGGCCCAAGUCCAGGUCCAGAGAGUCCGGCUUUCCACAGCCCUGGUCUCAGUCCGGGUCCAGACCAAAGACCAGACCGAAAACCUAAAAGUAGUCCUAGAGGGAACUGUAACUGUAAAGAUUCACCAAUUCAAUAAGGAAGGACAGAAUUGAAUAGAGCCAGGGGAGCAGCCCGAAAAGCCAUCCAGCUAGGUAUGUCUAACCAAGACCAGGCUCAGGUCCACUGCUCCUGACAGGUUUAACCUAGAGACACUGAAGGAUGGGACAGAUCAAUACAUUUCCCUAUAUAGACAAUAAAGGACAUGUUCUUUUCCUUUCAGAAAUUGGACAAGAAACUGCUGUCGUAUGGAAUAGUCGUUUAAUGUGUGUUUGUGAACAUUAAAACAACUAAUCCAAAUCCUUUAUAGCAAGAGCUAUUUCAGGGGUAUUUUUGUUAAAACAAUCAAUAUUAAUUUCUGUC